UCCAGCUGUACCUCGUUCCUACACCUUUCUUCAAUCUAUGCAAAAGGGGAAAAGAAAAGUUAGGUUUUAUAAGAUUCUUUCAAAAAUCAAAACCUCAUUCCAUCAAAUCAAUUCUCUUUACACUUUCUCUUUGCAUCAUCUCUCUGUGCUUGAAUCAUGGCGGAAGUAGGACAACCACUACCAAAGUUUGGUGAAUGGGAUGUGAAUGACCCUGCAUCAGCCGAGGGCUUUACGGUAAUUUUCAACAAGGCUAGGAAUGAGAAAAAGACAGGCGGAGCAACAGAUUCACCGGCUCAAAGUGACUUCACACCCCGUAAAUCUGGUGGAGCUUCUUCACUUGGGAAGCCUCAAUCUAAGAAAUGGUUCUGCUUCAAGGCAUGAAUAAAAAAUAUAAAUAUGUGUAUAAUGGAAGAUUAUUAUUUGUCUUCUUGACCAUAUAUAGAUGAUGAUGUUGUGAACUUAAAAAAUACAUUUGGCUUUGUUUGGUGUCUUUUCUCUGUGGUAUCUCUUGUUUUAUUUUUGUUGUCAAUAAUAAGGUUUUGUUGUAUGGUUUAUUAUUCAAUUCAUUUCACAAUAUUUGGUGUUUA